CAUACUACCAAAACUGAAAUGGCUGCAACAUCUUCCAGACUUUUCUUCUUAGCCCUCUCCCUCCUUGUUUGUUUUCCCUUCUGCGGUUGCCAUUGUAGUAGUGUAAGUAAUAAAAAUGCAGAGGGUGGGAUGAUGAAAGGGAUGUUUGUGUUUGGAAGUUCCUUGGUUGACAAUGGCAACAAUAACUUCUUGCCAAACUCUCUUGCCAGAGCUGAUUACUUGCCCUACGGAAUUGAUUUUCCUCUUGGGCCUUCUGGAAGGUUCACAAAUGGCAGAAAUGUUAUUGACCUUCUUGGUGGCCAUCUUAAGUUACCUUCCUUGAUCCCAGCUUUUGCUGACCCCAAAACUAGAGGAAGCAAGAUUGUUCAUGGUGUCAACUUUGCUUCUGGUGCUUCUGGUAUACUGGAUGAUACUGGCUCCUUAGCGGGCCAUGUGAUCAAUCUGAACCAGCAAAUUAGAAACUUUGAGGAGAUAACGUUGCUAGAGUUAGAAACCCAACUAGGGUGCAGAAGCCCUCAGUCACUUCCCAACUACUUGUUUGUGGUGGGAACUGGUGGAAACGAUUACUCAUUCAACUACUUUCUGAGGAGAUCCAACCAAAAUGUCAGUCUGGAAAUUUUUACUGCCAAUCUAACUGCCUCUUUGUCCAGACAACUAAAGAAGUUGCACAGUUUGGGAGCUCGAAAAUUUGUUGUGAUGUCGGUAAAUCCACUUGGGUGCAGUCCAGUGGUGAGGAUGAACAGACCAACACACAAUGGCUGUGUACAAAAUAUGAACCGAGCAGCUCACCUUUUCAAUUCUCACUUGAAGUCUUUGGUGGAUGUGAUUAGGGCAGAGAUGCCUGGCUCUUCUCUUGUAUUUGUCAACUCCUACAAGAUCAUCAGGGACAUUAUCAAAAACCCUAUCUCCAAAGGAUUCAAGGAUUCUAGCACUUCCUGUUGUGAAGUGGCAUCAAUAUCUGAAGGUGGAAAUGGAAUUUUAUGCAAGAGGGGAGGCGAAGUGUGUGCAAACAGAAGCAGUCAUGUGUUCUUCGAUGGCUUGCAUCCAACGGAAGCUGUAAACAUUCAAAUAGCAGCAAAGGCCUAUGUCUCUUCUCUUAAAACCGAAGUUUAUCCCACUAAUAUUGCACAAAUGACCAAAUCCAAAAUCUAGGGUUCUUGGUAUGACCUCUGUUUGCUACACUUAGGUUUGACCUCUAAAAUAUAGUCUACCAAGUGACCUCUAAAAUAUAGUCUACCAAGUUGGCUUCGGAACAUAGUAGGAACUGAUAAGUCCAAUGGCUUUGUAAUGUGUACUUGUGUAGGUUGUUUUCUGGUAUGUUUGCAAUAAAAAUGUAUCGAUCAUGCAUUUGUAA